AUGAAGCCCACGUUUCCAAGACCGUGGAUAGUGUGGCUUGUUGGGCCGCGGGCUGACCGACGCUGCGACCGGCGCGGAUACUUCUUGGCGACUACCACCAUCUCUGACGACCUAACCGCCACUCGCCGGUUGGCCCCGCGUCUCGGAACGACAAAUGCCCUCUUACUGCUUGACUUGCCUGAUAACCUCCUUCGCAUCUUGGAUCGGCAGCACAAAAGCCUGCGAGAGGCGCUGCUUACGACAACAAUGUACUCUUUGAGCUCUUGUUCGGUGUCGAUAACUCCUCGCUGCCGACGCGGAGCCCCCCGACGGGCCUCGACUACCACCUCUCAACUUCGAUGUUGGUGGCCAAGCGAGGCAUCGCCACCACGGCUUUGGGACCCUCAGCGCCCGAAGCAUCACGGUCUCCUCGACUCCGGAUUGGCUCUUUCUCGUCGACUUACUCUGGCGACUCCUUCUGGCGACGCGCUCUUCCGGCGCCCCGCUCCGGAGAUUCUUGCAUUAUCGAUCGUCGGCUUCACGUCGUCGGACUCGGUGCCUUCACAGGCUCGAGAAUGCUUCAGCGUUGGUGCGGACUACCAUCCUGCCUCUGCUAAGCAAGAGGGCUCGAACUCCCCAUCCCCCCGACAUAUCCUGUCAUUCAUCAUGUCUUGGUCCAUCCCCCCAGGCUUCGUAUGGAUCGCACUCAACCUCCCCCGGCUGCUACUCGCGCCGACACUCGCAUACGGCGCGCUCCGCGUCCUGCGCACGCACAGCGCCGUGCACCUCCCCACAUGGCUCAACGUCAUCAUCUGCAUCGGCUCCCUCCCUGUCGUGUUCACCCUCAACGUGCUCUACUCGGACUGGCGCAUCGCGCGGGACGCCGCCGCGAGGGGCGCAGUGCUCCCGCCCGCGCCGCCGACCAAGCUUCCAGGAGGGAUUGAGAGGCUGCUGCAGGCCAGCCGCAGGGUCACGGCCAACUAUGUCGCGGAUGCCAUUGGAAAGAUAACGAGGGCCUAUGGUCCUACUGUCAAUAUGAGGUUACUCUGGGAGAAUAGAAUUGUCACGACGGAGCCUGCUUACAUCAAGGCUAUACUAGCCACCCAGUUCACCUCCUUUGCUAAAGGUCCAUUCUUCCGCGAUACGAACAGCUCACUUCUGGGAGUCGGAGUAUUCAACGCUGAUGGUGAUAUCUGGAAGUUCCACCGCUCCAUGACCCGCCCCUUCUUCAGCAAAGACCGCAUCGGUCACUUCGACGUCUUCGACAAGCACGCCGAAGACGGCCUCAACCAAACCCGCACCCGCCUGCGCGAGGGCCACCCUGUCGAUUUCCAAGACAUGGUCUCCCGCUUCACACUCGACUCCGCAACCGAGUUCCUUUUCGGCAAGGACGUCUGCUCGCUCUCCGCCGGCCUCGUCUACCCGCCCUCUUCUGUCUCCGGCUCGGCUGCGUCCGCCGCGGACGAACACCCCGCAAACAAGUUCGCACACGCUUUCGUCGAGGCGCAGAAGCUGUCCUCGAAGAGAGGUCUUUUCGGGAGCACGUGGCGCCUGCGCGAGUUCUGGCGAGACGAGGUGAAGGAACAGAUGAAGGUGUGCCGCGCGUUCAUCGAUCCGAUCCUCGAGGAGGCGCUCGCGAGGAAACGCGAGACGCGUGGUCAAUCUGGCGAGAAAGUUGAUGCCGAGGAGGGGGAGACGUUGCUCGAGCACCUCGUCAAUUGUACUGAAGACCAGACGGUGAUCCGUGACGAGAUUCUGAACAUCAUGAUCGCUGGCAGAGAUACAACUGCUUGCUCGUUGACUAUGUCGGUGUACAUGCUGUCGCAGCACCCUGACGUCCUCCGCCGUCUCCGCGAGGAGGUCCUCACCAAGGUAGGCGCCUCGCGCCGCCCAUCAUACGACGACAUGCGCGACAUGAAGUACAUGCGCGCUUUCAUCAACGAGGUCUUGCGUCUCUAUCCUCCCGUGCCCAACAACACCAGAACGAGCACAGAACCCGCUGUAUGGCCUGGUUUGAACGGUGGCCCUCCCGUCUACGUGCCUGCUAAUACUCGGACACCCUACUCCGUGUUCCUCAUGCAGCGCCGAAAGGACCUCUGGGGCCCAGACGCCGACCUCUUCGACCCCGACCGAUUCCUCGACUCCCGCCUACACAAAUACCUAACGCCCAACCCCUUCAUCUUCGUCCCCUUCAACGCCGGCCCGCGCAUCUGCCUCGGCCAGCAGUUCGCAUACAACGAAACAUCCUUCUUCCUCGUGCGGCUCCUACAGAUGUUCUCGAGCAUCGCGCUCGCAGAGGACGUGCAGACGAUGCCCCCGCCGGAGUGGGCCGCGGCCGGGGGGCGCCAGGCGAUGGAGAAGGUGGUGAUUCAAAGCCAUUUGACAAUGUAUGUGAAGGACGGACUUUGGGUGAGGAUGGGCGAGGCGAACCCGGUGGAGGUGGUCUAG